AUGGUCGAUUUCGUUGGAUUGAAGGGGAAGAACGUGGUUAUUACUGGUGAGUUAGUAAUGUAAAACGUAAUUUAUAAUAAUAAAAAUAGAAUAUUUCGACAAAUUUUUAUUUUUUGAUUCAAAAUAUUACCUAAAAUACCCUUAAAAUAGCCUAAAGAAAGCCUUUUUUAAUGGAAUAUACCAUUUUAAAGGUAUUUUAGGUAACAUUUUUCAAAAUAGAAUAACAUAAAAUAACCUUUUUUCAAUUUUAAAAUUAAAAAUAAUACCUAAAAAUCACAAAUAUAGUACAAAACAGCCUUUCUUUAACCUUAAAAACUGUAAAAAUUACCUAAAACACCCCUAAAAUAAUAAAAACAACCCUUUUUCUAGCCUUGACUUCAAACUUACUACUCAAAAACCCCUCUAAAAUAAUAUAAAACACCUCUCUUUUGCCAUUAAACCCAAAAAUAGUACCCAAAAAGUGCCAAAAAUGUGUACGCCACUUGAGAUUCCAAGGACGUCUCCGAUCCAAGUACUAAUCAAGCGCACCGUUGCUUAACUUGCCAGAUCGGACGGGAUGGCGUGCGUUCAACGGGCUAUGGGCGUACACAACUCUCUCUCUUCCCUUUUCGAACCCUUUCCUUUUGGGGUAGAUUAGAGGGUUUGACAGGGGUAAGGGUUUUAAAGGGUGGUUUUGGGGGUAAAAAUAGAAAACUUUUUAAAAAAUAAUUAAAAUUAAAAUUUUUGUUAAAUUUAUUUCAUUUUUAAGCCUAUUUUUGGGUUCUGAAGAGAAUAAGAAAAAAUCUGAAGAGCAUAAACAAAAUAAGACAAAAAAGGCGUUUUUCAUUUUAAAAACGUCAAAUUUUUAAAACUUAAUUUAAAAAAAUUUAAAUUCUUAAAAUUUAAACAAAAAAUUAAAAUUAUUAUUGUUUUCAGGAGCAGCACAAGGCAUUGGAGCGGCUACAGCCAAGAAGUUUGCUGAACUUGGAGCCAAUGUUGUGUUAGUUGACAUUAAUGAACAAGCCCUCAAUUCUACCGUCCAGACCAUACAACAAGGUCAGAUAAACCACAAUUUUAAUAAAAAACCAAUUUUUUUUUCAUUUUUUACACAUCUCUUAUCCUAUACUAGUCUGAUGCAAAAAUAAUGACGCAUUUAAAGCUUAAAAAUCAUUUUUUAGAAUUUCCAUCAAUAAAAGUAGUACCAUCAGUACUAAAUGUGAGCCAAAAAGCUAAUGUUGAUGAAUUGGUCAAGAAUAUAGAAAAAAUAUUGCCAGAAGGUAUGGAUGUUGUUGUGAACAAUGCUGGUACUAUCAGCAAAGGUGUCUACAUUGAUGUGACUGAAGAAGACUUUGUUAGGGUCAUGAACAACAACUUGAUGUCUACUCAUUUUGUAAGUUCAACUUAAAAUUGACUUGGCCAAAAUAAAGGUUACUACCAUACCCUACUCUACCCUACCCUAAUACUAUACCGUAUGCUUUUCGCACCCUACCAUGUUUUCUUUGCUCGUACGGUAUUUUUGAUUUACCGUAGACUUAUUCAUUACCUAUUUCUUCUUUGACCGUAAUAUACCGUACCUACCUCUCCUUACCCUACCGUAAGCAUAUCCGUACCUUACCGUGGGCAUAUCAGUAUUACAUACUGCUCCUCUAUGUAAGCCUAACGCCACCCUACCCUAUACUAGCCACAUUACAUCUGUACAUCGCCCUGCCCUACGCUAGCUCACUCAAUCCUGUCUUUGCAUUUACCAUACCAUAUGUACAUCUAAACCUCUUGUACCUCUACGCCAACCCUACCCUAGACUAGCCACAUUCCACCCCUACUUUACCCUGCCCUAAUAAAUCCUGUCAUACCAUAUCCUCGCAUUUACCAUAACGUACCUCUAGUCUAUCCCUCCUACCCUGUUUAGCUUUCUAUGUUUCAAUACAACCCAUUUUAAGGUCAGUCAAGCCUUCUCCCGCCAAGCAAUCCAACUGAACAAGCCCCUUUCAAUCGUCAAUAUCUCUUCGCUAGCCACGACCUCCGGUCAGCCGAACAUCGCCUCCUAUAUCGCAUCAAAAAGUGCCAUCGAAGGGCUGACAAAAGGUUUGGCCAAAGAGUUGGGGAAGCAUAAGAUUCGAGUGAAUGCGGUAAAACCUGGAGUGAUCGACACGCCCAUCAACCAGCAGAUCCCCGCCCAAUAUAAGCAAAUGUUUUUGAUGCAAACGCCGUUGGACAGGGUGGGAGAGGCGGAGGAGGUGGCCAACUGUGUAGCUUUUUUGGCUUCAGAUGCCUCCAGUUUUGUGACUGGGGCUAUGUUGGAUAUUAGCGGGGGAUUGUCUUUUUAG